AUGGUGGCAACCUUCUCUGUGCAUCGCGAGAACACGUGGGUCGACGACGUGGUUUUGCGACGGGCGCAGUUCGGCAAGGCGGUGCGUGAUCUAGCGUCAGAGGCACCCCUUCCGCUACUGCCUGGAGCUUCGGGCACGCUCGACCCAUCUAGGCAUGGACGGGUCAACGGUUAUGUGGUUGUGGCUCUCGGGAGGCGCAGUGGCUCGAUGGAGGCUGUUGGUCACCUGGUGGUGACAGUGACGGAUACAGGCAUCCAGCCAGCCAUUGGAGAGGUCCCAUUCGCCAUUCCAUUCUGUUUAGCUACUCCAGCCAGCCCCACUGACCGGCCCCAGCUUCCACUUCUUCUCCUCGACCUCAUUCUGUCUGUCCCGUGCUUGCUCUGCUGCGUGUGGAACCAAAUGGAGAAGGCGGCGAGGAGGCGUCAGGUGCCGGCGUUCGGGGAGUGGAACUACUACCACCACUAUGACGACCCGGAGGCUGCCGCGGUGGCGCCGCCCGCCCUGGCGUACUGCUACGCCACGCCCGAGCCGGAGGCGUGCAGCGACGUGUGGUUCAGGUACUCGCCGCCCCAGCACAAGCCGAUGCCCACCAAGAAGCCGAGAAGGAGGGUGCCGGACGGUGACAGUGAUGCGUCCCUGGAGAAGAAGGGACGGCGCGCGAGGCCGGCGUCGGAGGCUGUCGGAGGCUGCCGCGGCGGCGGCAGCCUGGCGCGCGCCACUAGGGUGGUCCGGCCCGUCGACGAGGACCUGUACCAGGUGCCGCCGCCGGAGCUCGCCGCCUCCCACAAGCGCCGACCCAGGAGGAGGAGCCUUUGGAUGGGCUGCCUGGGGUGCGUGGCCUGA